UCUUUCCUCCCUUCACCCCUGGCUCCCCUCUCCUUCCUCUCCGUAGUUUUAAAUUCCCUCCCUUUCAGUCUCUCUCACCUUUUUCUUCCCAUCUCCUCUCACUGUUGUACUUGGGUUCCCUAGCAUACUCCAUCAAGAUGUCGAGCAGGGAAAGCAGGAUCUCCGAUGAGGAGAUCAAUGAGCUCAUCUCCAAGCUCCAAGCACUCCUCCCUGAGUCCCGUCGCCCGAGUACAAGCAGGGCAUCGGCGUCGAAGCUGCUGAAAGAGACGUGCAGCUACAUCAAGAGCCUGCGUCGGGAGGUGGACGACCUCAGCGACCGGCUGUCCGACCUGCUGGCGACGAUGGACUCCAACAGCCCACAGGCUGAGAUUAUAAGGAGCCUCCUCCGGUCCUAGGAACGGUUAGUUGCCGUCUUACCUCCUUUAUAGUAUUCUCUAAGGGGGGCCUGGUUAGGAGAAAGGGGGUCAUCUAUGGUGUACCAGCAUAUAAACGAAUGUAUCAGCUAGCUAGCUAGUAGGAGACGGCAUCUUUUGCUUGAUGCCCUAGUAGAGCGUUUUCCCUACCUCCACUUCCUUGUACAUUUAGUACCAGCAUAUAAACUGAUGUAUUAGCUAGUAGGGAACAGUAUGUUUGCUUUAUAUGUGCCUUGGUAUCUUCCCUACCUUCCACUUCGUUUA